AUGCAGGGGGAGGAGAUGUUUGACGACGACUACCAGGUGUUCUUACCUGAUGGGCGGGCAGUCGGCCUGGUGCUGGGGCGCGGGCAUCCUGCUGCAGGAGAUCCCGAGCGUGGUGGCAGUCACAUGAUCUCGACAGAUGACUUGGAAUAUCCGCGGGAGUACCGGACGCUGGGGAACAGCACCCGGCGCUUCUCCAAUGUGGGCCUGGUGCACACGUCGGAGCACCGCCACACCGUCAGCGCGGCCCAGAGCCUGGAGGCCCUGACCAACCUGCACAAGGCCGACAUGGAGCGCAAGAGGGACGCCUUCAUGGACCACCUGAAGAGCAAGUACCAGCAGCAGCAGCAGCAGCUGCAGCAUCCGCACCACAGCCCGCACCACAACCCGCCAUCGCCAUCGCCCUCCCACGCCAGCAUGAGGGGCACGUCGGCGGAGCGCGCUGCACGUGAGCAGUGGUGGACAGGCACAGGUGCACUGCAGCAACAGCCCAACUACUGGAGCUUUAAGAGCCGCAGUCCCCGGCAUUCCCAGUCUACCCAGUCUGGGCUCGCCGACCAGGCCGCCAAGCUCUCCUUCGCCUCCGCCGAAUCCUUGGAGACCAUGUCGGAGGCCGACAUCCCCGUCGGGUUCAACCGGAUGAACCGUUUUCGCCAGAGCCUGCCGCUGUCCCGCUCUGCCAGCCAGAAUAAGCUGCGAUCUCCAGGCGUGCUGUUCCUGCAGUAUGGGGACGAGACGCGCCGCGUGCACAUCACCCACGAGCUGAGCAGCCUGGACACGCUGCACGCCCUCAUCGUCCACAUGUUCCCCCAGAAGCUGACCGCCGGCAUGCUGAAGUCCCCCAACACGGCCAUCCUGAUCAAGGACGAGGCGCGCAACGUCUUCUACGAGCUGGAGGACGUGCGGGACAUCCAGGACCGCAGCAUCAUCAAGAUUUACCGCAAAGAGCCAAUCUACGCCUCCUACCCCGCUGCGGCGCACCUGGCCAACGGAGAUCUGAGGAGGGAGAUGGUGUACUCCUCUCGCGACUCCUCCCCAACCCGCCGCAUCAACACCCUCCCCUCCUCUUCGGCCUCAGCGUCUUCUGGCUCUCCAUCCCGCUCACGCCUCUCCUACAGCGGCGGCCGCCCUCCGUCCUUCACCGGGUCCCAUUCCCAGCACGAACAGGCCCGACACCCCCACCAUCCCUCAGCCGGCCACGGUGCCAAUGUAGGCAUGUCUCCUUCCCCCAGCGCCAUCCUGGAGCGCCGUGACGUCAAGCCUGAUGAAGAGGUUUCUGCGAAAAACAUGGCACUAAUGAAGAAUGAGGGUCUGUACGCAGAUCCCUACAGCUUGGUGCACGAGGGCCGCCUCAGCAUCGCUUCCACUCAGUCUCUAGCUGCCAUCGGAGACCCCUUUAGCUUCCCUGUUACCAGUGGCCUGUACCGCCGUGGCUCCGUGCGGUCCCUCAGCACCUACUCAGCUGCAGCUCUUCAGGGGGAUAUGGACGACUCCCUCUACAAACCCGGUGGUUCGCUCUACUCCGACACAUACUCCUCAGCCACCCUGGGGAUGGGCUUUCGCAUGCCGCCCUCAUCGCCACAGAAGAUCCCUGACAUGCAGCUAAGGGAAAGGGAAUCGUACUCCGGCUCGCCCAGCAGAGCCUCACCUGUCAGGCAGUCGUUUCGCAAGGACUCAACCUCGUCCUCCGUGUUUGUGGAGAGCCCAAAGUCGAGGCCCAGCUCCGGCUCAGAGCCUCUGUGCCUGACAGCCGGGCCUGGAGAGGGUGGGCGGGCCACGCCUGGAUUCGGUUCCUCGUUGUCUGGACAAGACGCAGACAUUAGCAGGGAUCAUCGCCUGGAGCGUAUGGAGGCCAUGGAGAAGCAGAUAGCCAGCCUGACCGGCCUGGUCCAGAGUGUGCUGACCAGAGCACCAGACAGUGACAGCACAUGCGGCCUGCUGCGUCUCUGCAUGAUGGCGGGCUGCCCCCCGGACCAAGGGACGGAGUUCUCACGGCCAUUACCUUUUUCUUCCAGCGAGAAGACCGAAACCAACAGCGACGGCUCCGCCACUGGAACUCACACACCAUCGGGACCGCUCGCUCUGAUGCCGCCGCCCCCCUCUAUCUCAACCCAGGUGAACAGCGUCGGCCGCUUGCAGAUGCAGCUGCACCUGCACGGCCUGCAGCAGAACGCCAGCGACCUGCGCAAACAGCUGGGCCAGCUGCGCAAGACACAGGUGGAGAACCAGAUUUCGGUGAAAACUCUGCUGAAGCGGACAGAAGCGGAGCUGAAUGUGCGCGUUGCUGACGCCUUAAGAAAACAGGAGGAUCCUCUGCAGAGACAGCGCCUCCUGGUGGAGGAGGAGAGACUCAAGUACCUCAACGAGGAGGAGCUCAUCAUUCAGCAGCUCCACGACCUGGAGAAGUCGGUGGAGGAGAUCCAGAAGGAGUCAUCUGUCAACCACAAGCUUGUGACCGUGCAGGAGCUGGAGGAGAAGGCCACCCAUCUGAGGAAACUGGGAGAAACGCUCACAGAACUGAAAAAUCAAUUCCCGGGCCUGCAGAGUAAGAUGCGUGUGGUGCUCAGGGUAGAAGUGGAGGCCGUCAAAUUCCUGAAAGAGGAGCCGCACAGACUGGACGCCCUGUUGAAACGCUGCAAGAGCAUAACCGACACCCUCGCCACCAUGCGCAAACAAGCGAAUGAGGGGGUGUGGAAGAAGCAGGAGGACUUCUCCAGUUCCUCAUCGAAGCACAACGACGACCUGCGAAAGUUUCCCGACUUCGACAUUCCCACUAGCCCAGCCCUCACCAUGAAUGACCUUGGGGGAGGCAACAGCCUGUCCAACUGGAGCCCCCACUCCAGCUUCAGCCGAAGCCACGGGAACCCGUCCGGCCCUCACAAGGAAAGUUAUCCUCCUGUUCCCCACAAGGGCAGAGCCCUGGAGGAGCUGGAGCGCCGCGCUGCUGCGGACAAAGCUUUGUCCGUAGAGGUCCGACUGGCAGCAGAGCGGGAUUGGGAAGAGAAGCGGGCCAGUCUGACCCAGUACAGCGCUCAGGACAUCAACCGGCUGUUGGAAGAGACCCAGGCUGAAUUAUUGAAGGCGAUUCCAGAUCUGGACUUUGCUGCCAAGCACAUUAAACCCUCCUCAUGCACAACUUCCUCCCAGAACCCUCAGAGUGGGACGGCAACCCCAGAGCACCGCGUCAGCAAACCCCAGCACAAGCUUUCUGGGAAGGAGGGGUCCAGGCGUGGCUCUGAUGAACUCACGGUGCCUCGAUAUCGCACAGAGAAACCCUCCAAGUCUCCUCCUCCCCCACCCCCGAGACGGAGCUUCCCCACCUCCCCAGGCCUGAUCACCCGCAUCGGAGAGCCCCUCACUGUUGGAAAAAGUAUAAAGAAGUCUGAAUCUGACGAGAUCGAAGGCCAGAAGCCUCAUACAAAACUGCGGAGGACCGUGUCUGAAAACCCUCGUCCUGCAUCGACACCCCCCACCCUGACCUCCGGGGACAGGGAGGAAGGGGAGGAGGAGAGAAUCGCUGCAGAAUUGGAGGGAAGUCUCUUGUCUCCGGUCCCUCACAUCGUGUUGACAGACACAGCUUCGCCCACUGGCUCGGAGGAUCCCGGCAGUGAUUUAGCAAACAGCUCUGUGGAAGAGAGUCCGUCACGAGAUUUGAUAAGUCAUCUCCACAAGGCACACAUUUCAAAGGACAGGGGAAGCUCUCGUCAGCAAGAGCUUAAAAGGGAUAUGGAAUUGAAACAGGAGCUCGCCCUUCUGUUGAUGGAGCUGGAGGUGAGGGUGGUGUCUACUCUUGAGGCCCAGGAGCUCAGCAACACUACUGGAAAAGUUAUAGAGACUCUGACCAUCUCACCGCAGACAAAAGAAGUCUCUGAGGUUCCGCUGGGAGAGCGACCUCUCCUAGUGCUCUUCACGGAGGAACAAACAGUCAGAGAGGCCUACACGCUGCUGUACUCCCUUCUGGAGUCGACCAAGCCUGUUCCCAAGCCCAGAGUCAAAUCUUCCCUUGGUUCGGUCAGACAGAGCUCUCUGGUGGAGGCUCUGAAAAGAGGGAUGGAGUCAGGGGACAGGAGGCUGACGCUUCACAACACAGAAACUGAGAUGAUUCCUGAGGUACAGCCGGGGUUAGUAAACAGUUCUCUUGAGUCCAAUGGCUCGAGUAACAGUCGGACGAGGAAAACAGAAGAUGUCCGACGCAGUACCUACAAGAGGCUGGACAGCUUGGAGGAAACCCUUCGAGAGCUGGAGCUCACCUUGAUUGAGUUUGGCGGCCAUCCCUCUGCAGAGCAGCUCUACGCUGAGACAACUCCAGCACAGAUGACCAGCAGACCGUCCUCAGAGACCAAGAGGCCUCCGGUUCCACCCAAGCCGACGUCUUUGAACGCAGCAUCGACCCAGGGCAGGGCUGCAACACUUGACAGUCCCACUGUCAGGUGGAUAGUUCAGUUUUACAUCGGCCGAUCCCAGAAAAACGUCAUUGGUGUCAGGGGGGAGACUCGCUUUGCUGGAAUCAGGCAAUCAGGAGUUUAUGUGUUUGUUUGGCAUAAACCAAAGCCGCUGAAGAGGAGAAAUUUACUACCAUGUACUGUGUUUCCAUGCUCUGAUUCACACUUUCUCUCCUCCUCUCCUCAGGGAGGCAAUGUCUCCAGUGUCGGUAAAGUUCUCCACACCUCGGCUACAUCCAAGCUGAAGCACCUGCAGCAGAACAGCACAGAUAAGACUAAAGGCGGCAAAAGAGAGGACUUCCUGAAGAUCCAGGGCCAGCAGCAGGAGCCUGAAGGGGACAGUGCCCAGCCACAACUGUUUGUAAGACUUUACUUUUUCACGGUUUCCCCUUUUGAUCCCCUAAAAAAACACCAUCUCUUUACAUCCCGACCCUCCCACCUUCUGUGUCCUGUGUCCCUGCUCUACCUGAAGGCCUUGGAGACCAACAGAACCAGCGGCAGUAUUGAACCAUACAUCUCUGGCACCAAAACGGGCGUUCUCUCAAGCCGAGUGCCCUGUCCUUCAGCAGCGUUAACCCCUGGCCAGAGGAAGCACCCCCAGGAGAGGCCGCUACCGGCCCUGAAAGCCUCCUCCAGUCAAGCCAAGGCGCUGCUGGCGAGCCUGACCGCCGCCGGCCUGAGCGCCGAGGCCCUGCUCCUCUCCUCCGCCCUCCGUCAUCACCGGCUUCUGCGCGAGCAGCGAGCCUCCUCCCUGCCUCUUCCCAGCAGCCGGUCCUCUUCCCCUACUCCUGAUGCCUCCCCUUGCUCCUCUUCCUCACCCACCACCCCUACUCCAUCCCUGUCUCCCUCCUCUCCCACCCCUCUGAGUUCCCUCACCCUCCCCUCUGGGGUUCUCAAGCCCAGCGGUCGUAGCCUUGACAGCUGCAGCCUCGAGGAGGAGGAGGUCAGCAGCGAGCCUGUGAAAAAGGACCUCACCCCCGGCAACCCUCUGUGAGGAAGAGGAGGAUGAAGACAUGGGGGAACGCAUUGCAACAUCGUCAUGAACCAAAACCAUUUUUCAAGAUUUUUUUUUUUUCUUCUUUCUUGUCCCUUCUUUUGUCUGCAGUUUGCAGAGUCAUCAUAUUUCCAUGGAAAGAACUACCAUCCUGUAAAUGGAGUCACUCUCUUCCUCCCGGACAAGUUUCCUCCCUCUGAUCUGGCUCCACAGUUCCUCUGAAGUGGUCUGGAUGAAUUAACUGACAGCACCGAUCUCAUAUAUAGCCUCACUCAGUGGGUCCUUAGUGGAGUAGAUAUAUAAUAUCUGUGACUUUUAUCAUAGAAAUUAGAACGCAAUAAUCACAAAGUGAGUCCUGUAGUCGUGUGUGUCCUGGAUAAUAUUACUCUCACUUACCUGCAUCACAGCAGAACGUGAGCCCGCUCAGAAAAAAAAAAGAAGAAAAAAUCUAAAGUAGGUCGAGGUGAUGGUUGUGGUUUUAAGCUGUUAUUCGUUCAAAGGGCACUUGUGGCUUUUCUUGCAUCACACGUGUUUUACAUUCUGAACUGGUGCUACAUUUUCCCCUCUGUUUGUACACACUGUGUGAAGAGUUUACAUGACAGUCCCUGACCUUUGACCUGCGCUUUGUUGCAAGUGUACACAACACUGUCUGCAUAAGGAAUUCAUGUCACAGUAUCUAUAUGCAGAUAUUCCCUACGAAAGUAUGGAAUUAAUUCUGAAAAUUGUAAUGAAGUAACACUAUACCUACAAAAGCACACUGCAGGGAGCAGUCCUAUUAUAGCACACGUCUAUUCAAAAUGGAACAAACAUGCACAGAGACACAAACAGAAGGGAAAAAUGCAAAUCAUGUAAACAAAUGUUCAUACGGAUGUUAUAUACAAAUGUUGAAUCUCUGUGUGUGUGUGUGUGUACGAGCUAGUGAAUUAUGACAAUCAGGAUGUUCCCACUGUAGCAUCUCACAGGUUGCUAUGGCAUUUUUAGCACCUGACAUCACCAAACCAUCCCAAAGACUCAAGCACACCCGGCUGCGGAUAACACACACACACAUUCUGUCACACGUGCACGUGGAAAGCAAAGCUGAUCGCAGAAGCACAGACUCUGCUAGUCGAUAUUGUCCUAUUUUUGUUCCAGGAUACUUGGGUGAUGAUUCAUCUUUAGUCUCAUCUGUUGAAAGGAGCACUCGGGUUAAAAUAUGGAACGUGAUUUCCGCCUCAAAGGAAUCGGAUGUGCUGUGUUUUUCGCCCUUGGUUUUUAAUUUUUUACAUUUUCAAUUGGCAGACCUUAUUGAAGAAGCUUCUUUAUACAAGCACAAAAUUUAUCUUUAGUGAAUUGACGAGUCCUGACAUCAUCUCAACAUCUUGGGUAGUCUUUGAAAGAUUAAUCAGCACAUAUUUAUGAACUCAAGAUGCAACACGACACUGAGAGGAGAAUAUAGAAAUAUAAAUCGAGCACAGUUUCCUCUCACACACAUUUCUUACCCUAAUUUUAACUUAUUGCAUCUGGUUGAUCACGACGAGCACAAAGCCACAAGGGCGAGAGACAGAAAAACAUUCCCGCACAUUAAAAAUACUAUACAUUAGAUUAUACCGAUGUUUCCGUGGCCUGGUUUGGUUUUUAUUACCUGCAUGUUCAACACAUGAAACACUUAUGAAUGUCCGGCCCUCUGAGUUCCUCAGCGACAGAAGUUUAAAGCUCCUCAGAGGUCAGUCAGCGUGACCCCUGCACAAGGAACCACUUUGAUGCUGCCUGUCCUGUGUUGUGGCUUCGUGCCAAGGUCGAACCGACACUCGUAGACAAAGUGGUUUUUCUUUUGGACUGUGUGAAAUCGAUUCUUUGUGGCAUUGAGAUUAAAACAUGUGCAGAGGGGCUCAUGUCAAAGAGUAGGCAGUGUGAGGAGAGAGGAUUAGUGUGGAGACAUGUGUCGGAAGGCUACUUUAAUAAGGGGCGGCUUUGAGUUGCCGUCUCCAUCGAGGGCGCUCAUGACAUAAAGGACCCAAAGAGAUGAGAGGAAGGGUUUGACAGUGAGGGAGCCAUUAAGCAGCUGUUCGUUCCCUGUCCCUUUCCCUCUGCUUCCUCUUUGGUGUGGGGCAUCUGUGAGAUAACAACCACUCAGUUGAGGUUGCGCUUGGACAAAGUUUGAUGGGCCUCAGUUAUGAACAGUGCAAUAUGUAAUUAGCACUCAUACAAGUUUACCAAGACAGUGCUUUUACCCUUUGGGAAACCCCCUGCCUGUUUUUUCUCUAGAAGGACCUGUACCAGUGUUUCUGUUUUCCCUGUGCCUCUGAGAUUUUGUUCCGUUGAUCUUGUGUGACAGUAUUAGAUCGACAGCAAUGACAGAAUAACACUUUUACCCAAAGAAGAGGCUGCCAAAAAAAAAAAGGGCUCACCCCCAUUUUUUUCCCUGCAGCAUAAAGGAAGCCGCACUUGCAAUGCAGAGUGUGUCGGGUUGCAGCGGUGACAUGUGACCAAAACACUCCCUCAGAUCUGUCAAAGUGCAAAAAACUUGCGAGCCCACAGCGCAGCGAAUUAAGCCGCACCCCGGGCGCUCUGCGGCUCUGCCAGGCGGGUUCGAGCCGUGGGCACCGCAUUGAGUGAAGUCAAAUGAAAGAAAUUCACUCACUCAUGCUGUUCCACUCUCAAAUCCAUAACUUUUUCCGAGUUGAAUUUGCUGCAUUGGCGUCUGGAGAGAGUCGGGGACGAAUGUUCAUGCUUGGCCGCUUUUCCCCUAAGUGACAUCUGAGAUGAAACCCUCCGAGAUUCGCAUGACGUCGCCCUCUGGAAUGAUUUCUGUUUAUUUCAUUUUUUUUUUUUUUCCAAGACAAGUGUUGCUGGGAUUUCAACAUGGCUGAACGCUUAGAGGGCAUGUUGUGGAGACCCCUGGCAAUCAGAGAAACUACUGCAAACUUGAAAUCAAACCUAGGAGAAAUAUACAUAUAUAAAUAUAUCUAAGUGCGAUGUUUGUGUAUGAUAUUAUAAUUGUGAAGAAAAGUGUGAUAUAUAUAUAGGCCUAGAUUAAAUUAUAUACUGUAAAAUGUCAUCAUCUCUUCGGUUUUAUAUAUUAGUGACCAUUUUGUACAGAUGUUUUUUUUUUUUCUUUUUUAACUCAUUGUAAGAGAUAAUAACAUUUCACACUGAGAUUAUUUAUUCAUAUGCAGAACAUUUUUAUAUUUGUUUAAAAAUAUCUGUAUAGACAAGAGUUAGCCUCUGUAAUAUACACUGAAGUUCAUUUUUUUUUAUUCCAGGCUUUUCUUUAUGAACACUGAGUUUAAUGUAAUUUUCAUUUAUGAAAAGCCUGUCCCUGAAAACACUUGUCCAGCUCGUCUGCACCUUCGCCUCCUGAUGUGAAGGGUAACAUUGAGGUGUCAGUGGCUGGACCAGUGCCUGUGCUUCGGGGCUUAUUUUGCUACUAUCUUUUAAUUUUGGGGAUUUAUUUUGAGUAUCUGUGGUUUUCUUUUUCUCCCACCCUUUGUUGUGUUUGUGGUUUGGCUGGCAUUAGUGAUAGUGAAGAUGGUCAGAUAUUGUCACUACUACUGUGAGAGAAGAGUCAAUUCGCCUGAAGGCUUCAUUUAGAGCCUUGCUGCUUUGACUUGAAGGAGUUAAAAAGGCUUUUAUCAUAUCAUGUUUGCAUGUGAACAGGAACAGUAGCAGUGUGGAUGCUCAGUGCAGAAAGCGUUCAGAGGCAACACGCUCUGAAUCAUCACAACAGGUGGGAGUGAGUGACGUCGCCUAUUCUGCUCCAGUUGUUGCACCAAGUGGCUUUAAGUAGCAGUUGAGCGAAAACACAAGCUUUGUUUUAAAAACCACCACGACGGAUCAAAAAGGGAAUUACGUGACGUUUUAUCUCUUCCUUUGCCAUUGUAUUUUUUUUUUAUAUAUAUAUAUAAUGAACCUACAUUCUAUAGUAUGUAAAUGAGGUUUUUACAUGAAUGUGUGGAUGUUCCAAAAUCUUGGCAUCGAAAAGCAGAGAAAAACAAAAUUGACUUGUAAAUAGGCCGAGUCAUUCCUAGCGAGUUCAACAAAUUGUAAUGUCCAAAAGAAGAUGUUUUAUGAAUAAACUAUGACGAUGGGUACAAGUUAUAUACAAAACAAUGCAUGUAUAGUUUCAAGCAAUCGCACGGUGCAGUUGAAAAAAUGUUGUCUCCAUGUUUUCUCAAAAAGAAAUGAGAACGAGAGGAAGAGGAAAGUGGUUGUCUAUGUUAGAGGUUUACAAACAUGAAGAAUGACGACAUUAUUCUGGUAUCUAUGACGCAGGCAUGUUCAGUCUUACUGUGAUGUUAUGUGGUGGUGAUGAUGAUGAUGAUGACGAUGAAUAUGAUGAUGAUGAUGAUGAUGAUGAUGAUGAUGAUGACGAUGACGACAAUGACGAUAGAGUGCUGAAUGUUUAAGAGUUUGAAAAACUGGAACGCACCCCAACCAGAGAUGUUCACCACCGUUGGUGAACUCUUUCCACAGAGUGAUUCUCCCAUUUGUAGAGUAGUGUGACAUAAGAACAAGAAUAACACAGAAAAUAGAUCUAUAAUAUAAUGAUAUAUAAAUUUAAAAGCCUACUGAUACUGGAGAUACUAAUUUAUCAGUGUGGAUGCCAUGAUAUUCUGUGAGAUGUGUGUGUUUUUCCUGUGAGAAGACGGCAGGCAGUUGAACCUGCCUUCUUUUGUACAUAACUUGCUGUGAUUGUGUGUCCAAUAAAGUGCAGCUCUCUUGUA